CCGAUGCUUGACGUCCGCAAGGCGAAACAUCGCCUUCAUAUCCGGCAAGCAUAUAAAGGAAAAGCUCAACCGUAUAUAGGAGGUCAUUGUAAUGAUGCAUAGCAACCUACGUUCUGAACCUCCGAAAAAUAUUCCUCGUAUUCCAAUGGCUGCCACAAAUGAAUACAUGGCGCAACCUCCUGGGGUCUGUUGCUUAAAAGGUAAUCUUCACGAAGGACAACCUCUUGGGAAAUUUCUGAGAAUCGGCAAUGUCGACACUUAUGUAUCGAAACCCCCGGAAGACAAAUCAAAUGGACAUAUUAUCCUGUAUUUUCCUGAUGUAUGGGGUAUGUUUACAAACGGCCUCCUGGUGAUGGACGGAUUCGCCGCGGCCGGAUUCCUUGUGCUUGGCCCGGACUAUUUUCGAGGCGACCCUGUGACCAAACACAAGAAGGACCGGCACGAUAAAACAACCGAGCCAGGUUUUGAUUAUGAAGCCUGGAAAGCAAUGCACACAUCAUUUGCUGACGUAGCAGUUCCCGCUUGGGUUGAGGCUGUCCGUGAGCAGUACGGAAAAUUGGAGACCAAGUAUGCUUGCGUAGGGUACUGUUUCGGAGCCCCUUAUGUUUGUGACCAAUUAUCAGGAAGUGGUGUCUGCUCUGUUGGCGCCUUCGCCCACCCGGCAUUCCUAAAAGAGCACCACCUCAUAAGCUUGUCAAGUUGGGUGAAAGAACAAAGUUUAUCCGGGAUCAUCGAAUGGUUCGAGUUCUGGCUUACGCAAGGAUGAGGGACACUGGCGCGGUUGAUGACUCAAGGCUAGUUUGGUACUCCUUUGACUAUAACACAACGUUUUGGCUUUUUAGGUAUAGCAGUAAGAAUCAUCUUUCUUUGUGAGUAGGUAAGGGAUAUCCAUGAGCGCUUUUCGGCCAA